AUGAAUAAGACUAUAGAACGUUGUGAGAUCGAAGAACGCAUCUCAAAUGGUCAGGCUAUCGUUAUAUACAGCGGGAAUGUACUGAGACUUGAUAAAUGGAUCAAAUUCCAUCCUGGCGGCGACAAGGUCAUUCAUCAUAUGAUAGGAAGGGAUGCCACUGAUGAGAUGAAUGCGUAUCAUUGUGAUGAGACGGUGAGUCAGUUUUUGAGAUGGAAAAUAGGUAAAAUUGAAGGAAAUUGGGUCAAUUGCUUACCUCCGAUUCAAGGCGGUGUGUUUGAUUUGAAGCAUACCGUAAACGAAGCCAAAAAAACUGAAAAUGAUACUAAGAUGUGCGGUGAACCCGCUGUCAAGAUUGUUCCCAAAAUGCCCCAAGGUAUGGUACCUUCUUUGGAUAUGACUGAAGCUUUCGAGCAGCACAUUGUGGUGGAUCGGGCUGUGCAGCCCGCAGAUCGCUACGAUGAUGCACUUGUGAGAAAAGACUUGGAAUCGCUGCCUAGUCUCGACGCUGCAACGCAGCAGUGGCUUUCCCGUGAGUAUAAUGACAUGCAUCAAAAAAUUAUUGCAGCAGAUCUUUAUCAAUGCGAUUAUUAUCGGUACGCUAAAGAAGUGACACGAAUCGGGAUUCUGUUCGGCUUAUCAUUCUAUUUAUUGUUUGCAUGUCACCGCAAUUUUUGGAGUGCGGUCUUCAUGGGCGCUGCGUGGCAGCAGCUUGUAUUUAUUGCACACGAUGCAGGCCACAUUAGUAUUACUCACAACUACCAGAUCGACAACAUUAUUGGUAUGGUAGUUGCUUCGUGGAUUGGAGGGCUCUCGCUUGGAUGGUGGAAACGAAACCAUAACGUUCAUCAUUUAGUCACCAACGACCCAAUCCACGAUCCAGACAUUCAACACUUACCAUUUUUCGCCGUGAGUACACGACUAUUCACUAAUGUGUAUUCCACGUACUACGACCGAUUUUUGUGGUUUGACGCAUUGGCACGCAAGACCAUCCCAAUACAGCGGUUUUUGUACUAUCCUAUCCUGAGCUUUGGUCGCUUUAAUCUGUAUCGAUUAAGUUGGAUGCAUGUACUACUCGGACUUGGUCCUCGUAAAGGCAAAGCUAUGUGGUUUCGAUACUUCGAGCUUGCCGGUUUGAUCUUUUUCAAUUACUGGUUUUUCUACCUGGUAUGCGGUUGUGGACUCUCUACAACCUGGGAUCGUAUACAGUACGUGUUAAUUUCACACAUUACGACAAUGAUCGUACACGUCCAAAUCACACUAUCGCACUUUGCGAUGUCUACUUCGGAUUUAGGAGUUGCCGAGGGUUUCCCAAUGCGCCAACUGCGCACAUCCAUGGACGUGGAUUGUCCAAGGUGGCUUGAUUUCUUCCACGGUGGCUUGCAGUUUCAAGUGGUUCAUCAUUUGUUCCCACGGUUGCCGCGGCACAACCUGCGAGCAGCACAGCCAUUUGUGAUUGAGUUUUGCCGCAGAGUCGGAUUGAAAUACUCCAUCUAUGGUUUUAGCAAGGGCAACGAAGUGGUUCUCAGUAAGCUAGAAGAGAUCGCUUUACAGGCAAAGACUAUGAUAGAUUGUGCAAAAACGAUGAACGCACGGAACUCAGCCGAGUAG